AUGCCUGGCUUUGCGGACUCGUUCUGGACGCCCGACUAUGCCUCGGGUCUCGGCGUCCUCUAUGGGAAAUUACAGCAAGGAGUGGUGGAGAACAAGCAGAUCUUGCUGAUCGCAUCUAUGCGGGCAGAUGCGGAGGAGCAGUAUGGUCUCCGCAUGGGAGAUAUUGCACCAAGCGUGGAUCGGUUAUCUGCCGCGGGUUUCGGCAAGGACGAUGGUGCUAGUGUGAGAAAGGCAUACGAAGGUGUCCGUACUGAGAUGGUUGAGGCUUCUCGGAAUCAUCAGAAGAUCGCCAACAACAUCCGCGAACUUGUCGUGGCUCCAUUCCGUCGCUGGGGCGAGCAGCACGAAUACCGGGUUCAGGCGUCUCAUGAUAACCUCCAGGGGCGGAUCAAGGAACAUGCGAAGCAGGUUGAAUUGGUGAAGAAACUUCGCAGCACUUACUUCAACAAGUGCCGGGUGGUGGAAGAUUUGGAGGAGGAGAACAAGCUUGCUUUCCAGGACCCUGAGACUAGUCCCAAGAUCAAGCCGACGCCGAAAAUCGUCCUUCCCACCGAGGAAGAGCCCGAGGAGGAGGAGCCCGUUGAACUGGGAGAUCGCAUCUACGGUCCAGAGGAUUUCAAGAAGAUUUUGCUGCACAUGCUGAACAACAUCAGAAUUGGCGAGGCGAAGGUGCCGAUCAUUGGUACAUAUCAGAAUGUCUCUACCGGUGCGGAUAUUGUGGAGUACGUUCAGAGAUACAUGGAGGCCUCUAGUCUGGCGCAGGCAGAACGCAUCGGACAGGAUCUUGUGGAUGGUGGCUUUUUGCGCUUGGUUGGCAACAUGGGUAGUGUUUUCGCCAACAGCUCGAAGAUGAACUACCAGUGGCGUUCCAGAGUCUUCCAACUCACUGGCAUUCCUGAGAAGAAGAAGCCUCUAAUGCGGGUCGCCUCUGCGGCUUCUGGGGCUUCGAGCGAAGAUGGUGCCGACUCGCCAAUGUCGUCAGUCUCGGAAAUGAUCGCUGGAUGGAACCCCCUCAACAACCCUUACCCGAACGAGACUCCUGCGGAGAAGCUGCGGAGAGAGGCAUUGGAAGCCGAUGAACGCUACAAAGCUGGUGUGCGAAAGCUCGAUCAGCUUCGGUGCCGCCUCGAGGAAGACGUCAUUGAUAACUUGCGGUUUAUGGAGCAGUGCGAGCUGGACCGCCUCAAGGCCAUCAAGGCUGUGGUUCUCGACUUCUCUGGCGCCAUUAGCAACGUCAUUCCCAAUCUCCAGAGCACUGUCGAUCAUAUGAUGCUGUAUCAGGAGACGAUUCAACCGCUGGGAGAUUUAAGAUAUCUCCUGGAGAACUACCGUACUGGCGGGUUUGUCCCCCGAGUACAGGCCUACGAAAACUACUAUGGAUCUGUUGAAGAGCAAAACUUUGGUGUCGAUCUUGAAGCCAGAGCUCGGGUGGACCGCAAGCGCGUUCCAAUCUUGGUAACCACCCUUUUGACCUACUUGGACAACCGUUACCCCGAACUCGAGGGUGACGAGGCCCGUCGUGGUAUCUGGCUGCACAACCCUAAGUUGUCUCACACGCACCAGCUGCGCAACGCUCUGAACAACAGCAAAGCGGACUAUCAUGAAAUCCUCCCAACCUUUGAGAUACCCACCGUCGCUAGCGUUCUAAAAUUGUACCUUCUUGAGUUGCCAGACUCUCUUGUUUCUUCGCAAGUCUACGAAAUCGUUAAAACGAUCUACUCGACCACCGCUCAUGAGACCACGGAAGAGGGACGAAUUAAGGUCCUGCAGAGUACGCUUGGACAACUUCGUCUCGUAAACAUUGCCACGCUUGAUGCCAUCAUGACCCACUUCACACGCCUAAUCGACUUGACCUCUGCCGAUGAACAGUACAUUGCUGCAAUUGCACAGGUCCUGUCACCAUGUAUCCUCCGCCCUCGCUUCGAGAGCAGUCUCACAAUGGACGAGCGCCACAGUUACCGCCUGAUUCGUGAUCUUUUUGCUCACAAGGACGCCAUCUUUGGCGAGCUGAAGCGCCAGUCCAGUGCGUUGGGCAUCUCUAAUUCCAGCCGCCCUCGAGCAAUUAGCACGGAUGAGAGCAACCGACGUGCCGCCAUGGAGGCUCGCCAGCGCGCCAUCGUCAACCGCAGCCGCGCUACCAGCCCUUCAACCCGUCAACGUCACCGACGGGACCGUUCCAGCGGCGCUUCUGAGACCGGUCGAUUCCCCAUCAAUGUUGCAGCCAGCCCUGCUGAUCGUCGAGCCACCCCGACGGCCCGUCCCAGCCUCGAUGUUCCCGCUAGCAAUGGAUCCCCUACUGGAUCCGAGCACCCUCCCAUUGUGAACACCCAGAUUGUUGAGGUUGCAAUCAACGUGUCUCGGAGGGUUCUGAUAGCCCGCCGCCUCCCCCAGAGACUGCCUCCGAUGGUUCCCCCCACCCCAACACCCACCCCAGCCCCCACAAGUACCGAAUUUGAAAAGCGCGCCUCCAUCCCUCGCUCAGCUGGUGGCCGGUAUACUCGCAAGCCCGGUCUCGGAAGUCUUUCUAGCUUCCCAACCGGACCUGCCGUCGGCGCCGCAGGCACCGAUAGCAACCGGAGCAGUAUCGCUGAAAGCGAGCCCAAGGGUGUAACUCUGGAAGACAAGCCCAUGGAUGAUUGA